AAACUCUGGCGGCCGGAGUCUUAUAACCUCCCCAAACCAACACCCUUUCACAAAACACUCGCAGAGAAAAUCCCCUCUCCUGUCUCUACAAAAGAUACCACUCCUCUCUCUCUCUCUCUCUCUCUAUCUGGAAAUGGGUCACUCGAGAACUCUUCUCUGUCUCUCUACCUUCAUUCUCCUCGCCCUUUCAUCCUUCACCGCCGCCGAUGACGCCGCUGUCAUGGCCGAGCUCCUCGCCGCCCUCAGCCCCGUCCCGAGCGGCUGGUCCGCCAGCACAGCCCCCUGUCAGUGGAAGAACGUGAGCUGCAACAGCAACGAUCGUGUCACAUCCAUCGUCUUGGUUUCCAAGAAUCUCUCGGGCACUCUUCCCUCCAAUCUCGGCUCUCUCACCCAGCUCAUCUCUCUCUCUCUCCAAGGGAACUACUUCUCCGGGCCCCUACCCUCCCUUGCCAACCUCUCGUCUCUUCAACAACUCUACCUUGACAACAACAAUUUCAACUCCAUCCCCGCCGGCUUCUUCCAAGGACUCAAGAGCCUGAAGUUCUUGUUCCUGAGUUCGAACUCGAAUCUUUCACCCUGGACUAUCCCCACCGAGUUGAAUCAGGCCACUAGCCUGGUCACGCUCGCUGCCGGCACUUCGAAUUUGGUUGGGCCCUUACCGGAUAUCUUCGACUCCUUUCCCAAUCUGAAGGUUCUCGAUCUUGCAUUCAACGAUCUCACUGGCCCUUUGCCUAAAUCUUUCGGAGGAUCUGGGAUUCAGAACCUCUCGCUCAACAACCAGGUAAAUGGCUUGUCGGGUACCAUCGACGUGUUGUCUUCGAUGACCCAGUUGAACCAGGUAUGGCUCCAGGAGAACCAGUUCACGGGUCCGAUCCCAGAUUUGUCCUCCUUGCCGGGCCUGCAGGUUCUUGACGUUUCGAACAAUAACUUUACAGGGUCGAUACCGAAAUUCGCGUCGACGGUGAAGUUCACUGCGACUGGCAAUCCGUUGCUUGGGACGACUACUCCGAGCUCUGGAAAUGGAGGAACAUCCUCGGGUUCAAAUGGCACAACGCCUAGUGGGAGUCCGGCCGGAACAGGGUCGGGUGGUAGUUCCGUCUCUACCGGUAUGAUUGCUGGUAUAGUUAUUGCUGUUGUGAUUUUCGUUGUGGUUUUGUUAUUUGUUUGGAUUAAAUGUUAUGUUGGUAGGGGGCAUAGGAAGUUUGGAAGGGUGGAGAACACUGAAAAUGGGAAGGAAGUUGUUAAGAAUGGCAUAAUCGGUGGUGAUCUUCCUGUUUUCGAGGGCGGAAAUGUCGCAAUUUCAAUCCAAGUUCUUAGACAAGUCACUAACAAUUUUAGCGAAGAUAACAUUUUGGGUAGCGGGGGAUCUGGAGUUGUGUACAAAGGAGAAUUGCAUGAUGGGACUAAGAUUGCUGUGAAGAGGAUGGAAUCUGUGGCAAUGGGUAGCAAAGGAAUGAAAGAAUUUCAGGCUGAGAUUGCAGUCCUUACUAAAGUUAGGCAUAGGCAUCUGGUUGCUCUUUUAGGAUCCUGUGUCAAUGGCAAUGAGAGGUUUUUGGUGUUCGAGUAUAUGCCUCAGGGGACGUUAACACAGCAUUUGUUCUAUUGGCCUGAGAAUGGCUGCUCUCCUCUUACUUGGAAGCAGAGGGUUACAAUAGCAUUGGAUGUGGGACGAGGAGUGGAGUAUCUCCACAGCUUAGCUCAACAAAGUUUCAUUCAUAGAGAUUUAAAACCAUCCAACAUACUUCUUGGGGAUGAUAUGAGGGCCAAGGUUUCGGAUUUUGGUUUGGUUAAAAAUGUGCCUGAUGGGAAGGACUCUGUGGAGACACGUCUGGCUGGGACAUUUGGGUAUCUCCCACCCGAGUAUGCAGCUACCGGUAGAGUGACAACAAAAGUGGAUGUUUAUGCUUAUGGAGUGGUUUUGAUGGAGCUGAUUACUGGUAGAAAAGCGCUGGAUGAUAGUGUGCUAGAUGACUGGUCUGAUAUGGUCACAUGGUUCCGCAGCGUCCUAAUAAACAGGGAGAACAUACCGAAGGCCAUUGAUCAAACUCUUAACCCCGACGAAGAGACCAUGGAGAGCAUAUACAAAGUAGCCGAGCUGGCAGGACAUUGCACUGCUCGGGAGCCAUACCAAAGACCCGAUAUGGGGCAUGCAGUCAGCAUCUUAAGUCCUCUGGUAGAGCAGUGGAAACCAUCUUCUCAAGAAGCAGAAGAGAGCAAUGGCAUUGACUUAGACAUGACCCUUCCUCAAGCUCUUACGGCGUCGCUUUGUAACGUCAAUAAUAAUUACAACUCGCAAUCUUUUUGUAACAUCAAUAAUAAAUAUUACUCGCAAUAGUACGAAUCACUGUAAGAUAGGUCUAUAUUGAGGGUGUCGAGCCUCAAGAAUUGUGUUGGUUGUAUUAUAAGUCUUAAUAAAACUUACUCUAACUUUAAAGAA